GGGCCGCGGGGCGGCGCAGACCUCGCCGGGCUCGGGCGGGCAGCGGCGCUAGGCGCCCGGCCGGGCGUCCCCACUGCGACCCGCGGACCCUGCCGUCCGCUCCCCUCGCCUCCUCACGUCUGUCCCCAGCUUGACGCCCGCGGUCGGCGUAGGGGCGACCCUGUGCCGGGGAAGACCCGCCGGCUGCACCGCGGACUCAGCCGCCCGCGCGGGGCCCUCCGAAGGCUCCGGCGGAAAGGACCAUGAAAGUGAGGUCGGCUGGCAGCGACGGGGAUGCACUGUGCGUUACCGAAGAGGAACUGGCUGGCGAAGACGAGGACAUGCCAUCCUUCCCAGGCACGCAGGAGGGCCUGCCAGGACCCCACUGCAGCCGCUGCCAGAAGAACCUGUCUUUGCACACGUCCGUGAGGAUUCUGUACCUCUUCCUGGCUCUGCUCCUGGUGGCUGUGGCUGUGCUGGCCUCUCUGGUUUUUAGGAAGGUAGACUCUCUCUCAGAAGAUAUCUCCUUGGCCCAGUCCAUUUAUAACAAGAAGCUUGUAUCGAUGCAGGAAAAUCUUCAAGGACUGGACCUGAAAGCCCUGAACAACUGCUCUUUCUGCCACGAGGCUGGGCAGCUGGGACAAGAGAUCAGAAAGCUGCAGGAGGAGCUGGAGGGGCUGCAAAAAAUGCUUCUGGCCCAGGAGGUCCAGUUGGACCAGACUUCUCAGGCCCAUGAGCUGCUCUCCACCACCAGCAGUCAAAUCUCCCAGGAGAUGGGCACUUGUGCCUUCUCCAUCCACCAAGUCAACCAGUCCCUGGGGCUGUUCCUGGCACAGGUGAGGGGCUGGCAGGCCAUGACCGCCAGCCUGGACCUCUCUCUGAAGGACCUCACCCAGGAGUGCUACGAUGUCAAGGCUGCCAUGCACCAGAUGAACUUCACUGUGGGGCAGACUGCCGAGUGGAUCCAUGGGAUCCAGCGGAAGACAGACGAGGAAACCCUCACCCUCCAGAAGAUGGUCACUGACUGGCAGAACUACACUCGGCUCUUCAGCAGUCUCCGUACCACCUCCGCCAAGACUGGGGAAAUGGUGAAGAACAUCCAGGCCACACUGGGGGCCUCCUCACAACGCAUCAGCCAGGAUUCCGAAAGCAUGCACGACCUGGUGCUGCAGGUCAUGGGCUUGCAACUGCAGCUGGAUAACAUCUCCUCCUUCCUGGAUGACCAUGAGGAGAACAUGCAUGAUCUCCAGUACCACACCCGCUAUGCCCAGAACCGCACAGUGGAGAGGUUCGAGUCCCUGGAAGGACGCAUGGCUUCUCAUGAGAUCGAAAUCAGCACCAUCUUCACCAACAUCAAUGCCACUGACAACCACGUGCACAGCAUGCUCAAGUACCUGGAUGACGUGCGGCUCUCCUGCACACUGGGCUUCCACUCCCAUGCAGAGGAGCUCUACUACCUGAACAAGUCUGUCUCCCUCAUGCUGGGUACCACUGACCUGCUCCGGGAGCGCUUCAGCCUGCUCAGCGCCCGGCUGGACUUCAAUGUCCGCAACCUCUCCAUGAUCGUGGAGGAGAUGAAGGCUGUGGACACUCAGCAUGGAGAGAUCCUUCGCAAUGUCACCAUCCUUCGAGGUGCCCCUGGGCUUCCAGGACCAAGAGGACUCAAAGGAGACUCAGGCAUAAAAGGACCUGUGGGCGGCAAAGGACCCAAAGGAGACCCUGGAAGCUUGGGGCCACCUGGACCCCAGGGUCCUCAGGGGCAACCUGGGGAGCCCGGACCAGUGGGCGAAAGGGGACCAGUUGGCCCACGAGGUUUCCCAGGCCUCAAAGGCUCAAAGGGCAGCUUUGGCACUGGAGGGCUGAGAGGACAGCCAGGCCCCAAAGGAGAUGUGGGGCCCCCAGGGCCAGAGGGGCCGCCCGGGUCUCCAGGUCCCUCAGGGCCUCAGGGAAAGCCAGGGAUUGCAGGGAAGACAGGGUCACCAGGCCAGCAGGGGGCCACGGGGCCUAAGGGUGAACCGGGGAUCCAGGGUCCCCCUGGCCUGCCUGGGCCCCCGGGCCCAUCCGGAAGCCAGGGCCCCUACUGAGAAGAGUCCCUGGUCCAGACACUGCCACACAGAAAAGCAAGGGAACUCAGAAAAGCUCGAAAGCUUCACCUACAGACAAUCGCAGUCCUUUGAUUACAACGUGGGGUGUUCCUCAGAGCUGACCCUGCAGCUUUGGUAUCCCCAGUGGUGACUGCACUACAGGAAAGCUGCCUCUACACACACACACACACACACACACACACACACGCACGCACGCACGCACGCGCACGCACGCACACAAACGCACACUUCCCUGCUGGCCAGGGGGACCACUGGGUCUCCCUGGUUGUGUAGGAGGAGAGGGAAGAAGACCUCCCCUCUCCUGUGACUGAGCCAGCCAGGGAGGUGGCCACCUCGAGAAGAAGGUCUUGAAUCUGUCUCUAGGUGAUGACCAGCUCCCGUCUUUGCAGUGUCUUCGCACCCUUGCUGGCUGGCAGUUUCCCAGAGCUUCCCCUGGUUGAGAAGACCCAGAGAGAUCUGGGGGUGUAGCUCAGAGGUAAAGCACUUGCCUAGCAUGUGGGAGACCCUGGUUCCAUCCCUAGCACCCUAAAAGAACAAAGGAAAAGACCCAGGGAAACCUUUGCAGGGCAUUGUAGUUGAAAUUCCAGGGACAAGGUGGGCAUGGCAACAGCAAGCCCUCUGUGUCGUCAUGGGAACCGAGCUGCCCCAGCCUCACACAGGACAGUGGGACUCUGCCCCGGCUGGCAUUCUCAGAUUCUGCACACGGUACUCCUGACAAAUUCAACAUUUUCUUUCAAAGCAUUCCCCACUUAAAUCUUGCCUCUGCACCUCAGGACCAUCUCGGAAGGAAUCCAAGCAGGAGUUGCAUCUGCAAGCAGAGAUGCUGCAGGCCCUGGAACAUUCCACCUAAGUGCUACCUGGGACCCAGGAAGGCUACAGAGGUGGCAGCAGGAGGCAAAGGCAGGAGCAGAGGCGGGCAUGAAAGCUGCCCCUGAAGUUGGCAUACUUUGUUCCAAGCCGAGAUCCUCUUUGGUGACCAGGGAGGACUAGAGCCACAAGGGCCACCUCUGAAAAACAGGGGCCUCCUGCACCCACUGUCCUAACCCAUAGCCAUGCGGAGACCUUGCCCCACUGCCACCCAAAAUGGCCAAGCCCUCUGCACAUGAGAAGCAACCUGGGUAGGCAUGGGGAGAGCCUGGACAUCUUCUGCAGGAAGCUCCUUUGGGGUCACUUCCUACCCCCCAUCAACUUCCAGUGUACACUGGCAGAAAGGGAUCCUGGGAAGUUACCAGGCAGGAAGUGGGUCUUCCUGGGCCGACCUCACUGGAAAGCUGUCUACCUUUACGUUCAGGUAGAUUCAGACACUGCAGUGUAGAGCAUGGGGUGGUCCCUUCCCCAACACUGCCUUGGGGACCUGCCCUCUUCCUGGCCAAGCCUGUGCCACCUUCGUAGUUGUCGUAGAUGUGCAACUGGUUUGCACUCCAUGCCCACCCUCUGCCAUGUAAUUCUCCUGUUUGUCUACAUAUGAUAAUAUCAUGCCACAUAAUGUUGCUGACCCAGUAAAGAGCUGUUUCCAGGA